AUGAGCUCCUCGGGGUCUCCUCUAGUCAAACAUCCAGCGGAUUCAACCGACUACCCUCCGGGUAGGAAACGAGCCAAAUAUACCCAAGUUGCAUGCAACGAGUGUAAACGGCGCAAGCUGAAAUGCACAGGCGAGAGCUCCUGUUUUCGCUGUGUCUGCAAUGGCAUACAGUGUGUAUAUACAUCCAGCAGGCCAUUGACUGAGUCAUCCGAAGCGAAACCAGACUCAAGUAGAAAGCUAAUAAACCACAGGGUCAAUGCUCGCUUCCAAUCUGUUGAUAAAAAAAUGGAGAAGUUGCAAGGAGAAAUGAGGUCGUUGGCGGCUCGAAUCCAGGAGCUGGAGGGGAAGAAGGAGAAAACCCAUGAAGACCUCUCCACCUCAUAUACACAGAUUAGAAACGACCGAGAUCCCAAUGCCACCCCGACUACAGCCCACACCGCGUCGACAGACCCUGGUUCUGCCCUGGACCGGAUCAUGAACCCGCCCAUGUCGCCCACGUUUGUGGGACCGACGAGCGCCGAGUUUGGCCUCGGGCACGGUGUGGUGGGUGGCUCCCAUCGUGCCAGUGACAGUGAUACCGAGACUUGGACGAGCGACGAUGCGUUGGAGACCUGUGGAGAGGAGAAACCCCCCUGCGCGUCGCAGGGCGAGGAUGGAUUGACCUCACCGCCGGACUCGUUGGUGGGCCUCGGCCUUGACGAGGCCCUGCGUCUCGUGCAGGUGUAUGAGGACACGGUCGGGGUUAUGUACCCCUGCGUGGAUCUGGACAGUGUGCGCGGGUACAUGAGAGACUUUUACCGCAACCAUGGUGACCCGACUGCCACGGCGGGCGCGGUGCUUGCCGGGCAGAAGAAGAAGCUCCCCGAAGAGGCCGACUGGUUCUUUGCGCGUGAUGUGCAGGUGCUGAAGAUUAUCCUGGCCAUCGCCUUGCUGAGCGAGUCGCAUGGCCGCAGCGAGCGUGCCGCCCAGCUAGCCAACAGCGUGGAGGACAAGUUCUCGACGAGGAUGAAGGUGGCUACGGUCGAUAUGAAGGAACUCCUGAUUCUGGCUCUUCUCUCUAUCUUUCACUCUUACCGCGAUGACGAGGUCUUUGCGUGGCGCUUGAUCGGAAUGGCUGUGCGAGGCGCGAUGGAGCUCGGUCUCCACUGCCAGGAGGCCUGGUACAAGUACGGAGGCGUCUUUCCUGGUGACUUGCAAUGGACAUGGGCCGUUCAGCUGUGGUGGUGCAUUUACUUGCUGGACCGCAAGUGGUCGUUUGGGACGGGGCUUCCCUUUGCCAUCCAGGACUCGGACAUGGAUGGCAAUCUACCAGAGCCGGUAAGGGCCUCAUCACCUUAUCUCAAAUGCAUGAUCUCCUAUUCCCGCCUGAGCACCAAGAUCUGGAACCUCGUCGUGGGCUGGCACAGCCGCCCCCGCGCAGUGACCACGGACAAUUGUGCGUAUCUCGACUUUCAAGUUCAACAAUGGAUCCAGUCCAUCCCAGCCGAGCUGCGCUUCGAUCCCACUUGGCGGUCGCUGGCUGGGGAGCGGCCGCCGGACAGCCUGAUGACCCUGCAGGUCCUGCUUGCCCUGCAGGCCAACCAGCUGCGCAUCCUAGUCUAUCGGACCAACCUGCUCAGCGCAGAGAGCAUCACGGCCGACGAGACUGCCGCCUCCACCGCGGUCGAAGCAGCCAAGAACACCAUCCAUAUGCUUGACUACUUCAGCCGCGUGGCAGACAUCUACUUCCAUCGUCCAGAACCCUUCAACUACUUCCUCCUCUCCGCGCUCGCCGCCCUCUUCCUGGCCGUCCUGCACGCCCCGGUCCGCUUCACGCACAGCUGCCGUCCGGAGUUCCAUACCGCGGUAGGGAUGGUCCGUCGUUCCUCCACGCGUGCCCGCACCUCCCGCCGUCUACAGAAGAUCAUCCGCGGUCUGAAGCGUAUUCGACUGAACCUGCCUAAACAGUCGGAUAUGCCCGGCAGCAACCACUACAACCAGAGCCAUGAGCACAAUAACAAUCACAACGAUUUACACAUCAUGCCAGAACAACUCAUCCGUCCUUCUUCCUUCUCGUCUCCCAUCUCUCCAACAGCAGAGAAUACAUGUAUAGACUUGACAUCCUUCUUCGAGAUGGCAGGCGAGUAUAUCCUCGACGCACAGCCAGUCUCCGGCCUCCCGCAUAUAGAAAAUACAAACACGCCUGAUUCUUUAGGUGGGCGACCGAAUCUCGAGGCCUUUCAGGCGGAGGAUGAGGCGUUGACGCGAGUUAUGGCUGGAUUACUUUAG